UCAUGGUCCAUGGCAUUAUCUGUAUGUGUCGCACAUAGUUGUUUAUUUUUAUGUUUUAAAUAUUGCAAACAGGCAGUUAAUUUCUGGCAAAAAAGUACCGUAAUUCUUGUACAUCAUUUUAAAUGCUACACGUAAAACAAUCAAGCAGACGGGAAUACCACUCUAAAAAGGCAUUUUCUUCUACCGAUGAUUUAUGUGCAAAUGUAGAUUGUUCUAAAAAUUAUGGAUAAAUUAAAAAUUUUAAUUAAACCCGAAUUUGCCAGCUGGGUUUUAACAGGCAGAUCUUCGUUUAUUUGCUCGUAUUUCAAAAUUUUAGACAAUCAACUUCAUCACCUUCACGCAGAAUGCCGAAGUCUCAAUACAAAAUCCUUUUGUCAAUUUCGUAACGUUCAGCCGAGUUUUUCUAUCUUUCAAAAGCGAACAAUGUUCAUCCAAACCCAAGAUACUCCAAACCCAAAUAGUUUGAAGUUCGUACCUGGUAUUCCUAUUCUGAACAAAGGACAAACAAAAGAUUUUCCGACAGUUGCUGAUGCAAAUUGUUCCCCACUCGCAAAAAUGCUCUUUCGGAUUGAAGGAGUUAAAGCCGUAUUUUAUGGUUCAGAUUUUAUUACUAUAACCAAAAUGGACGAAGAUGUUGAUUGGAAUGUGUUGAAGCCAGAAAUAUUUGCCACUGUCAUGGAUUUUUUUGCAAGUGGCCUACCUCUACUUACAGAUGAGCAACCGUCGUCAAGUACUCAAGUUAGUGAAGAUGAUGAUGAAAUCGUACAGAUGAUAAAAGAAUUGCUUGAUACUCGUAUACGACCUACAGUACAAGAAGAUGGUGGAGAUAUCGUUUUUGUGGGUUUUGAAGAGGGGAUCGUAAAACUGAAAAUGCAAGGAUCGUGUACAAAUUGCCCUAGCUCUGUGGUAACACUUAGGAAAGGCGUGCAGAAUAUGAUGCAGUUCUACAUACCUGAAGUUUUAGGCGUUAUACAGGUAGAGGACAAAGUGGACAAAAUAUCAAAAGAAGAGUUCGAGAACUUCGAAAAGAAAAUAGCAGAUGCUGCAACUACUACUACGGAUGAAUGAACUAAACAGUUUAGUCGUAGCAUGCUGUGUAGUAGUAAAUCCAAUAGUAGUUUUAUGUUGAAAAUUUAGGUAUAUCUAUUGUAAGACAAAAUAACAUUUGUUUUGUUAUAAACUUUACC